CAGUUCCACAGUGGACUUUACACAGAGUCCUGCUUUGUUCUGGCAGACGGUAAAAUAAAUUAUCCUCUUCAUCCACAUGAAUGGACAUCAGACAGGAGAUGUACCAUUUACUAUUUACUAUUACCUCAUUGUGUUAUGCAAUGAGUUAAUAGUCUGGUCAUCUUUCCCCCACAGGCUGGUAUGAGGACUCAGUCUUACAUGUCAAUGCAUUUAGGUUCCCACCGACCGAGCCAUCAUCCACUACACGGUCAGUAGAUUAGAUCGCAGAAUGUUGCUAAUUGUUGACUUAUAAGUAUUGUCUUCUUGACUAAUAAAUCGACAUUGCCUACAUAAUGUCUCCUCGUCUGAAAAUCAGUAGGCCUACUGAGAAGGGUGCACGUCUUUUAAAAUGUUUUGAACUGUACAGUUGGCCUAAAAAAAUACAUCCCCUGUAUAAAUAAAUCAAAUCCAAAAACAAUGAGGAUGAGAAUGAAGUCUGGUUUUCAGAGCCUACUACGGCAAUGUGAACUUCUUCCGCGGCCCGUCCACCACGUCGGUGAAGGCCUCUGCCAAGCUGAAGCAGCUGGAGGAGGAGAACGAGGACGCCAUGUUUGUGGUGGUCUCCGAUGUGUGGCUGGACAGCAUGGAGGUGCUGGAAAAAAUCCACCUCAUGUUCUCAGGUUUGUCCGACCCAUAACUUCUCACUCACAGAAUAAGAAUUCAUAUGGGGGUCUUUACCAGGUUACUGUAAAGCACUUUCUGACAACUGUUUCUGUAAAAAGGGCUUUAUAAUUCCAAUUGUUGUUGGUUUAGUCGCUUUGUGUUCGUCCCCGGUCCCGAAGACCCUGGUCCCAGCACAAUCCAACCCAGGUGAGAGUGGAAAAACUGAGACAUGUUAUUCCUCAGUUGUAUUGUUCAUGAUUUGACUAUAAUCCUCUGAUGUUUCAAUGUUUCUCAAUAGACACUUUCUAUAGGGGUUUUUCUGUUCUGUACUAACCAUGAGGUACUCUACUUUAUAUAAAUGCUUAUGUCCUCAGGCCCCCGUUGGCAGACCACAUCACUGAGGAGUUCAGACAGAGGGUGCCAUUCUCUGUAUUUGAUGUAGAAAAUUGUCUUUGUCUUCAGUCGAACACAAAGUACUUUCAGAGUUUUUGUAGAAUUAAGAUAUACUUUAUUACACAGAUAAUAGGGUGGUCUGCAGAGCAUCUCACUUUCCAACACUCGGCUCUCAGUUUAUAUACAGUUCCAUUACAUACUUGUGGUCCUCUGUAGCUCAGCUGGUAGAGCACGGCGCUUGUAACGCCAAGGUAGUGGGUUCGAUCCCCGGGACCACCCAUACACAAAAAUGUAUGCACGCAUGACUGUAAGUCGCUUUGGAUAAAAGCGUCUGCUAAAUGGCAUAUUAUUUUAUUUAUACUUUUUAGCUUAAUCCCUCCCUGUUUAGUUCCUCCACCACUGUCUCCUGUUUUCACCUCUUGACCGCUCCGCCCACUUCCUUAUUUUAUAACAGUGGCAAUAUCUGACUUCUCUUCCCUCUAUAUUCAGCGUCUGGAAACAAUAGUGGCGGGACCAAGCCCUGUCAUGUAAAAAUAACAGAGCCAUUUCCUGGCUCCGUUCUGACCCCCUAAUUGAUUCCCAAACCUAUCAAUCGAUACUUAAACAUGGCUUAACCAUGGCAGGUCCAUAAUCCAUUUCUCAAACAUAUACACAUAGCAGGCAGUUCUCACACAUUGUAGGCCCAUUCUCAGGUCCAUUUCCUGGCUCUGUUCCAAGCCUCUUCCUUCUGUACCACUUAGUCUUACUGCUUGUCAUUGUGAUUAACUAUGUUUAACUUUUUAGUCUGAAAAGAUUUAACUAUGUUUAACGUAUAGUUUAACUUAUAGUCUACUGAAAAAUAUGUUUAACUUAUAGUCUGAACUAUGUUUAACCCCUGGCUUCGUUUCAGGAAUAUGCCUAAGGAGGGAGGCAAAGGGCAACAGUCUGGUUUCAGUCACUGAUAAGGUAGGACAGCCUUGGAUUAGGGAGGAGCGAGGAAUUCGACCCGAAGUCAGGUCAGAUGACGAGAGAAGAAACAGUCCUAUUUCACGCAUACAUACUUCCACGCCCACGAAGGUUCUAGCAUCAGGCAGAGCCAUGACUACACCAGUGAGAGGAACCAAUUAAGUUCCUGCCUAGCAACAGAGAUGUAACUAUGUUUAACCCUGGCUAUGUGCUUGUCAUGUUGUGAUUAACUAUGUUUAACUUAUAGUCUACUGAAAAAUCCCCAAUAUAUUCACUACAAACCGAUGCAGGUGACUGAAAUAUUGUAGUUGCUUGAUUUGUUCUCUUUUCUGUAAUUUGUUUCUUGUCUUUAUAAGCAAAGUUCAGAUUUUUUUUUUUUUUAUGAUAGCUAAUAUGUAGCAUUGUCAAAUACAUUUGUCUGCAUAAGGCUGCAUUUGCUCAUUAUAGCAUUUUACCAUUCUUGCUUUCACAGGUUUCCAGAUUGCUUGUUGUCUUUGUUUUGCCUCUACAGUGGCAUUUUGUAAAUGUCAUCUUUGACGUAUCACAACCUGUGAUUCUACUUUUCCUGUCACAGAAUCCAGUGCUGCAGCCAGGAGAUUGUUGUCAUCCGAGAAGACCUGGUGAACAAGAUGUCUAGAAAUGGUGUCCAGCUGCCUAGCAGCAAUCUCGACAUUCCAAACCAUGUGAGUUUUAGCUCCUCAGUUAUGACGUACUCAACCUCUACUACUACUGCCUAUAGCAUCUAACUUGGCUAGUAACCAUGGCCUGUAUUCACAAAGCACUUCAGAGUAGGGGUGCUGAUCUAGGAUUGUCCCCCCCCCCCCCCCCCCCCCCCCCCCCCCCCCCCCCCGUCCAUAUAAUGAUGAUCUAAAAGGCCAAACUGAUUCUAGAUCAGCACUCCUACUCUGAGAUGCUUUGUGGAUACGGGUCCUGUAGUAUAAUUUAUUUGUCAUGAAAGAUAACCUGAAAAUGUCUGACAAUCAAUCACCCAUUAUAUUCUCUAUCUCCAGUUUGUGAAAACCAUCUUGUCUCAGGGCCACCUGACACCACUGCGGCUGUAUGUCAGUCCAGUGUUCUGGGCCUAUGACUGCGCUUUACGGGUUUACCCCGUGCCUGAUGUCAUCAUCUUUGCGGACAAAUAUGACCCCUUCAACAUAUCCAACACAGACUGCCUCUGCUUCAACGCGGUACUUUAUACUUAUUCUGAGAUUUUUACCAUUUUGUUUUAUUAUGAGACUCAGUAUGACAUUAUGAACAUUAGAUAUUCUAUUCUUCAUUUAGAAGCUGUUUUUAUGUACUGUUUAAUGUAUCAUUCUGUUCUUGCGGGGCUCCUUCCCAAAAAGUGGCUUCACUUGUAAGGUAUAUUACCCUUCCAACAGGAUGGUUGA